AUGGAGCUGUGUUUGGCUGGUCACCAGUCACAAGCAGCGUUCGGCAGGGCUCAAAGGGCUGUAGUGAAUGGAGCUACAUCUGGCUGGAGACCUGUCACCAGCGGUGCUCGGCAGGACUCAAUUCUAUGGCCAAUUCUGUUCAAUAUAUUUAUCAACGAUUUGGAUGCAAAAGUUGAAUUCACCAUUAGCAAGUUUGCUCAUGACACUAAACUAGGAGGUGCUGUUGACUCUCUGGAACAAGAGGCUUUGCAGAGACAUCUAGAGAGACUGGAGUAUUGGGCAAUAAUCAAUAGCAUGAAAUUGAACAAGAGCAAAUGCUGGAUUCUGCACCUGGAGUGUAGUAACGCUGGGCACAAUGGAGAGGUGUGGCUGGAGAGCAGCCCUGCAGAGAGGGACCUUGGAGUGCUGGUCGAUAGCAGGCUCAAUAGGAUUCAUCAGUGUGCCCUGACAGCGAAGAGGGCAAAUCACAUCCAUGGGUGCUUCAAACACAGCAUAACUAGCCAGUCAGAAGAGGUGAUUAUCCUGCUGCACUCAAUGUUGGUGCAGUCUCACCUUGAGUACUGUGUGCGAUUAUGGGACCCACAAUUUAAGAAGGAUGCUAAGGUCUUUGAAUGUGUCCAGAGGAGGGCAACAAAGCUGUUGAAAGGGCUGAGAGCAAUGUCCUGUGAGGAGGACAUAAACUCAUGUUUGAUGUAUGAAAUCACAGAAGAAGGGGGAAUACUCAAAAAGUUAAAUGAAAUAUGGUGCAAAUUGACUGAACCUCUGCAACCCCAGGUGCCACAACAAGGAAAUACCAACAUGAAAAGCCUGUCUUACCCAUUUUCCAGGGAGAAAAUAUAUUUGUAUAACAUUAAAGACAAAGACACCUUUUUUGACAAUGCUACCCGCAGCCGAAUAGUACGUGAAAUUUUGAAGCGCACGUCUACAAAGGCCAGAAACAGCAUGGGUAUUGGCACAUUAAUAGCAAACAAUGUUUAUGAUGCAGCGUACCCACUUCACGAUGGUGAAUAUGAAGGCCAAAAUGAUGAAGUGAAUGAAAGAAAGUUGCUGUAUCGAGAAUGGGCAAGAUAUGGAGUAUUUUACAAGUUUCAGCCUAUUGACCUCAUAAGAAAGUAUUUUGGUGAAAAGAUAGGACUUUAUUUUGCAUGGCUGGGUUUAUACACAGAAUUCCUCAUUCCAUCUUCAGUAGUCGGGAUUAUUGUAUUUCUUUAUGGAUGUAUAACCAUUGAGAGUGACAUUCCUAGUAAAGAAAUGUGCGACCAAAGCAAUGCCUUCACCAUGUGCCCACUGUGUGACAAGUUCUGUGAUUACUGGAACCUCAGCUCGGCUUGUGCUACCGCUCGAGCUAGCCACUUAUUUGAUAACCCUGCCACAGUCUUCUUCUCCAUCUUUAUGGCUCUCUGGGCUACUAUGUUCCUUGAACAAUGGAAGCGUUUGCAGAUGAGAUUGAGUUACUUCUGGGAUCUAACUGGACUGGAAGAAGAAGAGGAGCAUCCUAGACCAGAGUAUGAAACCAAACUGCUGCAGAAAAAGCUGAAAAAAGAACGAGAAAAAGAAACAGAAAAAGAGAAGCUGACAUGGAGUGACCGUAUGCCUGGAUAUGCAGCAAACUUUGGAUUGAUUUUAUUUAUGAUUAUGCUGACGUUUUCAGCAGUGUUUGGUGUGAUUGUGUACCGAAUCACAACAGCAGCAGCUUUGUCAUUCAGCACAAGUGAGACAGCCAGGUCAAAUGUUCGAGUGACUGUGACUGCAACUGCUGUCAUCAUUAACCUCGUUGUGAUACUUAUACUUGAUGAAAUUUAUGGAGCUGUUGCCAAAUGGCUGACAGAAAUUGAGGUACCAAAAACAGAGAAAACCUUUGAGGAGAGACUGAUUUUGAAGGCAUUCCUACUGAAGUUUGUGAAUUCUUAUGCACCGAUUUUUUAUGUUGCCUUUUUUAAAGGAAGGUUCGUUGGCCGUCCUGGUCAUUACGUAUAUGUGUUUGAUGGUUAUCGAAUGGAAGAGUGUGCUCCAGGAGGCUGUUUGAUGGAACUCUGUAUUCAGCUAAGCAUCAUUAUGCUUGGAAAACAACUGAUUCAAAACAAUCUGUUUGAAAUUGGAAUCCCGAAGCUAAAGAAGCUCUUCAGGAAGCUGAAGGAUGAAAGAACUGAGCCAAAGGAAAUGGACACCAACCAAUCAAAGGAUCCUCAGCAAUGGGAUCUUGACUACAUCUUGGAACCUUUCACUGGGCUGACUCCAGAAUACAUGGAAAUGA